AUGCCGAUGCCACCGGCCUGCUCGUCGCCUCGUCUUCAACUUCGUCUUCACCUCGUCGUCUACGACCGGUAUGAGGCGGAGCCGGGCGAAAGCUGCAAGGACCUCGCCGAGCUCCUCUGUGACGACGACCGCGCCGUCCGGAUGGCCGCCGGCGAGGCGCUCGCCGUCUGCGUCGAGCUCAAACUGGCGCACGACACCUCGCCGAAGGACAUGGCUGUGAUCAGGACCACCGUCUCCGACCUAGCCAUCGAGUCCACCGGCAAUGGCGCCGACGACGAGAUGGUCUCCGGCUCGGUGCACGCCCUUGUGAAACGUCAACAGAUGGCAUCUGACGUAGCUGGAGCAGAGCAGCCAUUACCGAGCAGGUCGCCGGCGCUGCAGCUCAGAGCAGCCAUUACCGAGCAGAUUCAAACUCAGGGCAAGAACGGCAGAGCCGUUGCAUGCACUGCCUCUUCCCCGGCUCGCCAAUCUGAUUCAAACUCUGUUUCUCGCACCCAAUCAGAUUCAAACUCAGUGUUCGACUCAUAUUUGGCUAUGCCCACUCCUAUAUAUUCUCGAGCAUAUCGAUCUUUUAAUCAGAUCAAAUACAAAUCACACCAAUCCGCCGCCUAUACCUCCGACAAACACCAAGUCGAGAGCAAAAAAAACAGCGGUGUUUUAGUUCGUGACAGUCCCCGAGACAGACAUCCUCCCGAGCCCAACGUAGAAGCAGAAGCAGGACCGCAGACGACGGACAUCCGCGGCACGCAGAUCUCCAUGGCUCCGUUCGGAAAGGAAUUUAGACAAGCUAGAGGUGGCAAGAAUGGCGGCGGCAAAUAUCAAAAGUGUGUAGCGAGGGAUGAGAAGCCGAUCCGUUCUCGGUUCGUGAAUACUAAGGAGCCAGUCGAGUGCACGAUCUUGGAGAACAUCGACGAGUGCAUCGUCGAGCUCUUCGAGAAGCGCGGCUACACGCGGGAGGAGGCCGUGUUGAACCUCGUUCGCAUGCUCGAGGGCUUCAAGUUCGAGGAAGACAUCCGCUGCAAAUACGGAAGCAUCGUGUCACGCUGCAUUUUUUCGCUCAAGAAAGGCUCCCGCAAGGAGGCCUGUCUUGCCUACCGCGCCCUCGGCAUCCUCGCGCUCAACCUCGGCGGCGGGCAAUGGCGGCGAUGCCACCACAGGCUCCAAGUACAUUCUGGCCGAGGUGUUCCCUUUCCUCAGCAAGACGGUGGAGGUGUCGUCGGACAUGGAGAGGGUGCUCGCUGCGCUCGCAGCCUUGCCGCCACGACAUUCGCUGGCGAGGAUAGAAACGACGAGAUUGAGAGGUCUAUGGACGACAUCUGGGACGGCGUGAUCGAACCAAGAUUAGGGUCCGGCUCCGCGAGGAAGACGACGCCUCAGGUCCUGGCCACCGCCGUCUCAGCAUGGGCGUUCCUCCUCACCGUCGUCCACGACCGGUACGAGGCGGAGCCAGGCGAGAGCUGCAAGGACAAAAUCGCGGUCCUCGCCGAGCUCCUCUAUGACGAUGACAGUGUCGUCUGGAUGGCCGCCGGCGAGGCGCUCGCCGUUUGCGUCGAGCUCAAACUAGCGCACGACACCUCCCCGAAGGACAUGGCUGCGAUCAGGACCACCGUCUCCAACCUAGCCAACGAGUCCACCGGCAAUGGCGGUACCGACAAGCGGCAACUUGCUGAUCAAAGGAACGUCUUCCGACGGAUCGAAGAAUUCUUAGGGAGCGGCAAGUGUCCGGCGAAGUCGGUGCAGGCGUCGUCUAACCGACAACAUGUGCUCAAGGUCAGCACCUGGACGAAGUUGCUCCAGCUCAACUUCCUCACCCGGUUCCUCGGUAAUGGCUUCCAAAGCCACCUGAAGAAAUGCCCGCUGUUCGAGGAGACAUUCGAGAGGCAAAAGCAAUGGACUCUAGAGCUGAAGAGGACGCGCGGGCGUGUGGGAGGAGAAGAACAAGUUCGGCCUACCGGAGGAAGAGCCAGAGAGCGGCGGCACGACGACACUUAUGCUGCUCCCUGCACCGCCAAGCCGACUUUGUUACCAGGCGAGGAGCCGGACAUGGCUUCUACCUCCUGCAUGCACAGGCGAGCCAGAUGUUGCCGCCGCCGCAACCAUCGAUUUUGCGGCUAGAGUAUUAGAAGUAGUGACUAUUGAUUAAUUGGCUUGACAUGCUCAAUAGUUAUGCCUUAAUUGCCUUCUCAAUUAGUUGACUAGUGAUAGGAAAUGUAUUAAUCUUAGUAGUAUUUUCAAAGAUGAUAAAUAAGUCAUUCAUCGAUUUGGUAUGCUCAAUUAGAAUGACGUUUGAUGUUAAGUUUGCAUUUUUUACUCCAAAAAUGGAUGAUAAUUUUGGCCUGGCGUGGCAGGCCGUGUUUGACAUAAGCGAGAAUUUAGGAUGGAAGGAUUAUUUAAUUUUUGUGAUAGCUAU